UUGGCUCCGGCCGCCGUUAUGGCCGCGGGUCGCGGCCGCCGCCUAACGGUACUCGGACGCCACCGAGGGCAGAGCAGAGCUAGCAGAGCUUAGUGAUCGGAUAACAGCCAUCGGCGAGGAAGUCAUGGCGGUGAGCGUGGGUCGACACCACGUUCUGGACUUGCUGGUCACUCUCAUCCUUGUGGCAUGGAUGACAUCUUCUGGGGUAAUAGACAUCCGCCGGCUCCACAUGCGAGCGGACGUGCCUGCCGACAGUCCUGUCCUGGUGGACUGGGUGAGGUCGCGACUGUGGCCUCCCAGCUCCCUUCCCUACAGCCUGACCAAGCCAGACGAUGAGUGCUGGGGACAGGCGGAGCAGAUACGAGUUGUGCAGGCGCUCACGCGAAACAAGACUGGCGGCUUUUUCAUCGAGUCGGGAGCGCUGGACGGAGAGCGUCUCUCCAACACGCUCGUCCUGGAGCGUCGGUUCGGCUGGACGGGUCUGCUGGUGGAGCCGGCCGAGAGCAACUUCCAGCGGCUGGUCUCCAAACGGCGCCGGGCCUGGGCACUGCAGGCCUGUCUCAGCCACACGGCGGGACCGUUCACGACGGUUUUUCACAUGACUUCACGCGGUGAAUCGGGUACUGUCGAAGACGGUCUCACAGCUGACCGUCUACGAAGCCAGGAACAGAACGUAGUCAACACUGCUCGUCCACCGCGCCAGCACCGCGCCACCUGCGUACCAAUCGCCGCCGUGCUGCGAGCGCUCAACCGCACGUCAGUGGACUUUUUCAGCCUGGACAUCGAGGGCCCCGAGAUGGGCGUGCUAGCUCACAUUCCCUGGAACGAGCUGGACAUCAAGAUAUUACUAGUGGAGAACCUGCUGCUCUUCUCGUACAAUCCGCAAAUGGACCAGAUGCGUGAUCUGAUGGAGUCGCAGGGCUACAUCGCCAUGCGACUGGCAAUCGACUGGGUCUUCGUAAAGCGCAACAGCGAGUACAGCAAGAAUGCUGAGGAGAUAAUCAGACAAACUCGUCGGGAAAUAUUGCGUAAAACUGAAAAUAUUUAUUUUCCAUUUAACGAUUGAAGUAUUUUCAGUAAAAGUGCUUUCCAACUUCCCAAGCUGUAUGCGUAUGCGUAUGUGAGAGAGAGAGAGAGAGAGAGAGAGAGAGAGAGAGAGAGAGAGAGAGAGAGAGAGAGAGAGAGAGAGAGAGAGAGAGAGAGAGAGAGAGAGAGAGAGAGAGAGAGAGAGAGAGGAGAGAGAGAAGACAGAGAUAAGCAGGGAUAAGACAGGAGAGAAGAGAAAGACAGCCAGAUACAGACAGAGGCAGCCACUCAGGGAGACGGACGCAAGACCGAUGAGGUAUCUGGUUGUUGCAAUACGCUGUUUUAGAGAGAAAUUUAUAAGCUUCUUUCUUUCGGAAAAUGUCAGUUGUGCUAUGCUCAAUGGCGAUAAUCGGUUAUGCUUACCUAUGCUGACUGUUAAGGUACCUAUUAGUUAUGAUAUUGUUUGUUGUUCAGGGACAUAUUGUGUUUUUUUUUUUAACACACGACUUGUUGGUGUGCGCAGCGAUCAUCUAAAGUGAAUCAAAAUACAACUGUCCAGUGCGCAUUUUUUUAUACAACUGAUAGCUUUUAUCAAUAUUACAGUGUGGUCCGUCAUCCUCAUGAUAGAUUUCGAACUUAAGGACGGAAGCUGUUAUACAGAAGUGAUUACUGAUAGUCAAAUUUUUACGAGCACAAUGGGCAUUGUUAAAUAAAAUUAGACAAAAUAGCAGCCUGCUAAAUAUGUGGAAUCCAUGGUUGGCUGUGCCAAGCUGUAUUGUAUUGUAUUGUAUUGACAAUUAAAACACUCUCCGAUACAA